AUGUUAUUGAAGCGAAUACCAAGCUCCCAACUAACCAGUUUAAUAUCAAUACGACAAUGCAGACUAUGUUCAACAACACCAGAUGCUUGUUCAACAUUAGAACUGCCCAAAACACCCACUUUUCCGACGAAAAAACGUGGCACAGGAGAGCCGUUCAGCUUCGUCGACUAUAGACAGGUCUAUUGCCAGGCUGGGAACGGUGGAAAUGGCAGUGUGAGCUUUUUGAGAGAGAAGUAUGUCGAGUUUGGAGGUCCGGACGGUGGAAAUGGUGGUAAUGGUGGUCAUGUUUUGUUUAAAGGUGGGUCUUUGGGUUCAGUUGGUUGGCUCUACUGGCUAGUAUAAGUUAUGACUUUAGGGACCAGUUCGUUGUUUGUAAGCUUGUUUUUGAAAGGCUUUUGAUAUGUUUGGGAUAUUUUUACCUCUCUUUAUAUAUAUAUAAGCCAUAACUUGUACUUUUGUCUCAUGAUAUUGCUUUCAGCUGAUGACAAAACCAAGGAUUUGUCGCACAUAACACGAUGUAAAGCAGCAGUAGGAGAGAAUGGUCAAUCCAAAUGUUGUCACGGCAAAAAUGCACCACAUUUGGAAGUUAAAGUAUGUAUUUUAGUUUGCUUUUUGGUCGAAAAAAAAUUUUAAAAAAAUUCACAGGGGGACCAAGCUGAAAUUUUAGAAAAAAUUUUAAAAAAAAUUUUUUUGAAAUUUUAAAAAUUUUUUCACAAUUAUCACCUUUUGGAUGCCAUUACAGUAAAUAAUGCCUUGCCCUUUUAGGUCCCCCUAUACACCCUAGUCAAGCACCCAGAAACCAAAAAGGUAAUGCACGAGCUAUCUGAACAUGGCCAAAUCUACUUGGCUGCAAGAGGUGGAGCUGGUGGGCAUGGAAAUCAUUAUUACUUAUCGAAUCAGGUCAGAAAACCCCUGAAGGCAGAAUUGGGCGGAGUUGGAGAAAUAACACAAUACAUACUAGAGAUGAAGGUCAUUGCCACCGCAGGGCUGAUUGGGUACCCUAAUGCUGGAAAAUCGUAAGUUUUUCAAGUUGAGGAGGGUGGGCGGUUAAAACUUGAAAAAUUUGUAAGGGGGCGGGGAAAGUAAAAAAGAUUGCGGGCGGGGUUAAGAGAUUAAUUUUUAAUGGGCGGGUGAAACGAAAAUAAAAAAAAUUUAAGGGUGGGGAAAACUUUUAAAAAAUUUUACUGGACGGGGCAAAAUAAUUUUUUUAGUUGGGGGGGGUAAAAAAAUUUCAUGGCGGGGUUAAAAAUCAAAAAAAUUUUUUUUGGGUUGGGGGAGGAGAUUUAAAAAAAUGAGAUGGCAGGGCCGAAAAAAUGGAAAAUGGAAUAUAAUCGUAGUUUAGAACUCUUCUGAGAGCCAUGUCACGAGCAAAACCUAAAGUAGCUGCCUACCCAUUCACAACACUAAAACCUCACAUUGGAAUGGUGCACUACGAAGACUAUGAACAAGUACCUGGUCAGUUUUACUUACUUUACCCAAAAUUUUUGACAUUUUUUGCUUUGUAAAGAAAGUUUUUGCGUUUUUUUGAGCUUUGUAAUUUUUAUAAAAAAAAAAUUUUGUUAAAUUUAGUUUUUGUGUCAUUUUUAACCUACCAUUCUUAUUUUGAUCACCAAAACAAAAUAUUUUCAGUAGCCGACAUCCCCGGCUUAAUCGAAGAUGCCCAUAAGAACGUAGGCCUAGGAUUCGAGUUUCUGAAGCACGUAACAAGAUGCCAUUCUUUAUUUUACGUACUCGACUUUACCCUCGGACAAUGGAGAGAACAGUACGAGUCAUUGAGGAAAGAAGUGGAACUGUACGAACCUGAAUUGGCCAAAAAGAAGCGAGUUGUGGUCGUUAAUAAGGUGGAUCUGGCCAAAAAUGAUGAGGUUGGUUAUACUACCCCUACCCCUACCCCUACCUCUACCCCUACCCCUACCCCUACCCCUACCCCUACCCCUACCCCUACCCCUACCCCUACCUCUACCCCUACCUUUACCUUUGCUUGUAACUUAAGAUCAACCUCCUACUCUGCCUCAAAUGCCGCUAGUAGAAUGCCAAAAAAAAGUUUUGUCGUUUUUUGACGUGAAAAUCAAUAUAAAUUGGCGACAAAACUUUUUUUAAUAAAAAAUUUUUUUAAAUUUAAAAUAAUAUUGUUGUAGGACCUAGACGAAGUACGUAAAGAUCUAAAAGAGAAGGAAAUAUUCUUCAUAUCAGCUAAACAUGGACAUAACUUACUAGCCUUGAUGACUCGCCUACGAGAAGAACAUGAUGAAUAUCUGAAGAUCAGAGCCGAAGAACAAAAGGAACAGGAUCAGUUUGAGUUUGUUUAG